AUGGAGUGGACUAUCAGAGACAGAAAAUGGUAUUUUGAGGUUGAUAAAACGAGAGGAGGUAGAAUGUUCUACCUGCAGGAUGAUUGUAAACAUGAAGAGCUGGUUGAAAUGGUUGUGAACGACUACAUGUUGCAAGUUAAUGGCGAGCUGCUGGAGUUGUCAUAUCCAUUACCAGCUGCUAUGAUGGAGAAAUUGCCAACGGAUUCACCUCCUAUGUAUGUGACGAACGACAGACAAGUUGGGAGCUUGGUGGAGUUAUGUAAGGAGCAUGUGGUCCGUCUUUGCGUCUCGACCCGCGUUGGUAUGGGAAGGAACUACAACGAACCAAUACAUGAGUGUGUCCAAGAAGAAAAGUCUGAAGAGGUGGAUAAAGAAGACGUGGAAGAAGAAUUCGGUGAUGAAGGCUGGGAUGAUAACGAGUCUGAUGAUGUAAACUGGAAUGACAAAGCAUGGGAUGUAAAUUCAGAAGAUGAAUCUGAUGAUACUCAUGACAAUGAUAGUGCUGAUGAUGUCGACAACCCCGACGAUAUCGAUGCAGAUUAUAGUAAGUAUGGCAAGGUGAAAGAUGAGGAAGAGGGUGAAGAGAGUUUGUCUUUCCGUGAAAGGCUCCGUAGAGGUGUUUGGAAUGGUGGAAAUGGAGGGUUCACAGGCACUUGGUGUGACACUAUUCUGUUGAGAGCAGCUGUGAAGAAUGAACCGGAUUGCUUCUGGGUUACCAAAUUCGAUGAGGAUCAUGUUUGGCUGAAUCUUACCUAUACAACGUCAUACCGGGCUCUCAAAUUCGCUCAAGUAUUUGUCAGGGGAACUCCAGAAGAUGGAUAUGCUAACCUUCCUUCCUACCUUAGAAGACUGAAGCAAGCAAACCCUGGCACUAUAACACACCUGCUCUGUGAUGAAGAAGAUCGCUUCAAGUACUGUUUUGUGGCGUUAGCGGCUUCAACAGCGGGAUUUCAGUACUUGAAGAGGGUUAUUGUGGUUGAUGGAACACACCUUACUGGGAAAUACGGAGGCACAUUACUCGUGGCAUGUGGACAAGAUGCAAACUUUCAAGUAUUUCCUCUAGCAUAUGGUGUUGUUGAUGCGGAGACUAAUGAGUCUUGGGGAUGGUUUUUUGAUAAAUUACAGACUUGUUUCUCACCACAUCCGAUGGUCAUUGUUUCAGACAGAGCAUUGUCCAUUGAAAAUGCUUGUGUGAAUGUGCUUCCAUGGGUCACUAGAGGAAUAUGCUACUACCAUCUUCAGCAAAAUAUUAUCAAGACAUAUGGUGGUAAGGAGCUUAUGUAUCUGGUUAAAGGAGCUGCUUAUGCCCACACUCUAGCUGAAUAUAAUCGGUGCAUGGACUCACUAAGAGCUGCGCACCCAGACCUCGCAGCAUACAUGGAGUUGGCCGACCCUAAGCUUUGGUCUAGAGUACAUUUUCCCGGUGAUAGGUACAACAUCAAGACGAGCAACAUUGCUGAAUCUAUCAACUCGGCUAUUAAAAAGGCAAAGGGUUUUCCCAUACCCUCUCUACUCCAGUUUAUUAGAGAGAUGUUAGGGCGGUGGUUCUACAAAAGGCGUGAAGAUGCUUUAAGUCUGCAGACACCAUACAGCAAGGGAGUUGAGUAUAUACUGGCCAUCCGUGAACAUUACGCUCAGUCAAUGGAUGUUCAGCGAAUAGAUGCAACUAGUUUCCAUGUUGCUGGACGUUCGCACUUGUAG